CCCACUAUUGUCUAGCCGAGCCUGGCAGGCGGUGUAUGGUUGGUCGGUUUGUGGUUGUGUUGGAAGUCUCGCUCGCUUGUCAAUAUCACACACAACGAAUGCAUUAAUGCUAAGAGAUGGGAAUGUUGCAGUCAUGCCUCCACGACGAACUGCUGUAGCCUUGCUCGCCCUGUGUGGAUUACUAGCGGUUGGCGAUGCCCUCAGGUGUAACUGCACUGCUUGCGAGAGCACAGGUUAUGUGUGCGAGACCGAUGGGGCCUGCAUGGCCUCCACAUCCUACAUCAAUGGGCAGGAAGAGCAGCAAGUACGGAUCUGCAUCCCUCGGGUCAGCCUGGUUCCUCCUGGACAGCCCAUCUACUGCUUAAGCGCUAAAGGCCUGCUCAACACGCACUGCUGUUACACAGACUUCUGCAACAGCAUCAACCUCCAGAUUCCCAAUGGUAGCAGUACAGGCCAAACACAAUACCUUUCAAAUGUUUGGGGGAUUACUGAUGGUAAAGGAGGUAGUUGGGGUCCAGUAGAGCUGGUGGCAGUGAUAGCAGGCCCAGUCUUCCUCUUUUGCCUGCUGCUUAUCGUGGGAGUGCUCCUUUUCCAGCACCACCAACGAAACUAUAACCACCGGCAGCGACUGGACGUUGAGGAUCCAUCCUGUGAUCACCUGUACUUGGCCAAAGACAAGACCUUACAGGAUCUCAUCUUCGAUCUGUCCACCUCUGGUUCAGGAUCUGGGCUUCCCUUGUUCGUUCAGAGGACUGUGGCCAGGACAAUUGUACUGCAGGAGAUCAUAGGAAAAGGUCGCUUUGGGGAAGUGUGGAGGGGAAGGUGGCGAGGAGGUGAUGUGGCUGUGAAGAUCUUCUCAUCCAGAGAGGAACGUUCCUGGUUCCGCGAAGCUGAGAUUUACCAGACCAUCAUGCUCCGCCAUGAAAACAUCUUGGGCUUCAUUGCUGCUGAUAAUAAAGACAAUGGCACAUGGACACAGCUGUGGCUAGUAUCUGACUACCAUGAGCAUGGCUCAUUAUUUGACUAUCUCAACCACUACUCCGUCACAAUCGAGGGGAUGAUCAAGUUAUCGCUCUCAGCAGCCAGCGGUCUGGCACAUCUGCACAUGGAGAUCCUGGGCACACAGGGGAAACCAGGCAUCGCACAUCGUGACCUCAAAUCCAAAAACAUCUUGGUGAAAAAGAACGGCACAUGUGCCAUAGCAGAUCUAGGGCUCGCUGUACGGCACGAGUCCAUCACUGAUACUAUAGACAUUGCCCCCAAUCAGAGGGUGGGCACUAAAAGGUAUAUGGCCCCAGAGGUACUAGAUGAAACGAUCAACAUGAAGCAUUUUGAUUCUUUCAAGUGUGCUGAUAUCUAUGCUUUGGGGCUGGUAUAUUGGGAGAUUGCACGACGGUGUAAUGCUGGAGGUAUCCAUGAAGAUUAUCAGCUACCCUACUAUGACCUGGUGCCGUCCGACCCCUCCAUAGAAGAGAUGAGGAAGGUGGUGUGUGACCAGAGGCUUCGGCCCAAUGUCCCCAACUGGUGGCAGAGCUAUGAGGCGCUGAGAGUGAUGGGAAAGAUCAUGCGGGAGUGUUGGUAUGCCAACGGAGCGGCGCGGCUUACAGCUCUGCGAAUUAAGAAGACUCUUUCACAACUUAGCGUCCAAGAAGACGUUAAGAUCUGAAAUGCACAGGAUGCUGUAGAUCCCUGUAGAGACGCACAAGCGAAUAAAGACUUGCGCCAAAAGCAGCCUGCCAGUUUUAGCCCUUUUUUUUUACCUUUUAAAGUUGUGACGAGGCCUACCUCACCAUCUAAGAUGAAACUACUGAGUCCAUCCCAGCCCUUUUCCAUUUCUCCAAUAUCAGCGUCCCCUAUCAUGGACAAGCCUCCAACUGCUGAUAUCAGCACAACCGCCCUCCGUGGACUUAUUGUUUUAUUAUUUUGGCAGGAAUGACAAUUGAACUGUGACAGGCAUUCACCUCUUUACGGUUUUUAUUUCACUACUUGUUUCAGAAAUGAACUUUUACUGUGUGACUUUUUGAACGAAUGUGUUUUGGUUUCAUUUUUGUCCUCAUUCACUAAUACAACAUGUCAUAUUCCAGCGUCGGUCUACGAUUAUAUAUAGUGCUCUACUGCUGUUGUGAGAAUGUGAAAAAAUGUGGAUAACACUGUCUCCUCCUGUUAUGACUAGCAAUUCAUGUACAAAGCUAAGUGUAGCAAAACAGACUGUGUGACAAAGUGGCAUUGCAGUUCUUUGUUCCUUUGGAAGAAAUGCAGAAUAAUUACUCUAGUAAAAAAAACAGCCAGAUUAUUUUUUUUCUCAGGCUGCGUUUGUUAAACGUACUCCAUUAAUGUUGUUACGGAUGCUUUUAAAUGUUCACAGGGAGCAUAUGUGCAUGUUUAUUUAAUUGUUUUCAGGUUCUUCAAAUCUGUAUUGUGGUUGAACUCUCAAUUUUAGUCAGAAAACAAUUCAGAAAAUGAGUGAUUUUUCGUCAUCACGAAAGUCACUACCACUUGUAUGCUUUUCAGAAUCAACUGUUAUUUUAAUGGGAAUGUUUUAGUAUGUUGUAUUUUCAUUAUACUGGGAUGUUGGCAUGCUCAACUGCACUGUUAUUUGUUUGCAGUCCUUUUAGGGAUUUAGUUGUGAGUACCACUUCAGAACACACACAUGUAAAAUACUGAUGAUACGUCAUUCUAUUUGCCUGCAUUAUAACACUUAACUUGCAUUGAAGAGUCAUUCAGUUUAUUUUUAAAGUACUACUGAACAUUUCUUCCUCAUUUUGUUUGGGGUUUGCCAAUUUUGGGCAACGUGACAUUGCGUUACUAGCACAUUUGUAGAAUGCCAACUUCACUAUUCCCUCCAUACUUUAGUAGCUUUACUUCCACCAAUGUAUUGAUUGCAGUCAGAAAUCUGCUGAUGUUUUGAACUGUUAACUGGAAGAUGGGAUAUAUUUAUAACAGCAGGUGCGAAAAAUAACUGGAGCUGUAGCAUUCAUUGUCUGAAAGGCAUAUGGAAGGGCUGGAUGAGAACAAGGGUCAUGUAUUAUGUGUAACAUAUUUUAAAAACAAUUGCAGGCUCUAUUACAGUCAAUUCCUGCAUUUUUUUUACUGUCAAGGUCAUAUAUAAUAAAUCUGCUCUGGGUAGCUGGAAUAUGUUUGAUGACAGUAGCAUGAUUCAGUCAAGCUGAGUGACGUCGAUAUUAAUAAUUCUGACUGAAUUGUUUUAUACCAUGGUGCUCUACAUCAGUGUUUCCUCAACCCCGUUCCUGGAGGACUACCAACACUGCAUACAUUGGAGGUCUCCUUUGUCUGUUACACCUAUUACAGGUCUUUCAGUCUAUGCUAAUGAUCUAAAUCAGGUGUUUGGUUAGGGAAGUAUGGAAAUAUGCAGAGCUGGUGGUCCUCCAGGAACGUGGUUGAGAAACACUGCUCUACAUCAUUCACUGGGAAUUGUGUCCUUUAGAAAUCUGAAGGUUAAUUGUUCAUCUAUUUAUACUGUGCUUGCUUUUUCCCCUCAUAACUUGGAUUUUUGGAGUUGUUUGUAAAACACGUACAUCCUUUGCUCAAGACAUUUCAAAAAGACAUUUGAAUGACGCUUGUUUCAAACUGUAGUUACUGCCGCUUUGUGAAGGCAGUUUAGUCUAAAUUUCCAGACGUUUGUCCAUUUUAGACUUGAUAUUAAGACUUGAUAGAUGAUGCUUUCAAUCAAAUGCAUACGAGUUAUUGAUCCUAAGGUUCCAUGUGUAUUUUAAACAUGUUGAGAAGAAACCCACUUGUGGGUUAGUUAAUAUAUUGUACAUAAAUGCUAUUCAGUAAUAAAUCAUUUUUUUCUUA